CGAGAGGCGGGGAGACGGUUGGCUGUGGCGCCGCGCGUCUCGCUCCGCUCCGCUCCGCACCGGGCCCCGCUGCUCGCCUCGCCCCCCGGCCCCCGCCGCCGCCAUGUCCCGCUACCUGCGCCCCCCCAACACCUCGCUCUUCGUGCGGAACGUGGCCGACGACACCAGGUCUGAAGACUUACGUCGUGAGUUUGGUCGUUAUGGGCCAAUAGUUGAUGUGUAUGUUCCACUGGAUUUCUACACCCGUCGUCCAAGAGGAUUCGCAUAUGUUCAAUUUGAAGAUGUCCGUGAUGCUGAAGACGCCCUCCAUAAUUUGGAUCGAAAGUGGAUUUGUGGCCGUCAGAUAGAAAUUCAGUUUGCACAGGGAGAUCGGAAGACUCCAAAUCAGAUGAAAGCCAAGGAAGGGAGAAACCUGUAUAGUUCUUCUCGUUAUGACGACUAUGACAGAUAUAGGCGGUCUAGAAGUCGGAGUUACGAAAGGAGGAGGUCUAGAAGUCGUUCUUUUGAUUACAACUAUAGAAGAUCUUAUAGUCCUAGAAACAGUAGACCUACUGGAAGACCGCGGCGUAGCAGAAGCCAUUCGGACAAUGAUAGGUUCAAACACCGCAAUCGAUCUUUUUCAAGAUCUAAAUCCAAUUCAAGAUCACGAUCCAAGUCACAGCCCAAGAAAGAAAUGAAGGCUAAAUCACGAUCUAGGUCUGCAUCUCACACCAAAUCUAGAGGCACCGCUAAAACAGAUUCUAAAACACAUUAUAAGUCCAGCUCAAGAUAUGAAAAGGAAUCAAGAAAAAAAGAACCAGCUAGAUCCAAAUCUCAGUCAAGAUCACAUUCUAGAUCUAGGUCAAAAUCCAGGUCACGGUCAUGGACUAGUCCCAAGUCCAGUGGCCACUAACAGUGUAUCUAUGUUGUUUUUAGGCAUGUAACAUUCAUUUACACACAGUUCAGUUGACUUAAAUUAUCAGGAAUAUGAUGUUGCAACAGUGCUAAAAACUUUUCUUUCUGUCUGUUUUCCCUGUAGCAGGCAAUGGUUAUAAUUAAAAUAACAGUGUUGGAAGCCACUGAGAGAGAGUCCACUUUGUUAAAUGUCAUGGGCAGCUAUUGAUUUGAUUGUGGUGUCUAUAUUUUUGUAAAGAUUUGCAUUUUUUUUUAUGGUUAAAAUUGGUAAUAAAACUCACUUGAGCAGAAUUUGCAACAUUUUCCUAGUAAAAGUACCGCACAGAGAAGUUGUGCAGGUUUGCAUGGAACAGUUGAACUCGUGGUUUAACUUGUUCUUUAACUUGACAAUACAAGCGGAAGACUGGACAGCUGUAGUGCAACGCUGGCUGCUGUGAAAUUCAGCCUGGCAAUUUUGUUUCCAUUGUUCAAAGACAGGGACUCUGUUCUUCAUGCCUACCUAAAUGAGUAGGUUGGUAAAUGGAGCUUUCUCAAACAGAUGGUGUUGAAGUUUCUCAUUAACCCUGCCAUCUGGAGAGAUGGUAGUAACGUUGCAUAAAGUAUGUGGAGAUAGUCACAGUCUUCAAGACUCAUUCAGAGGUCGUGCAGUGUUGUGAACGUUGUCAGGAUGGAGGCUUCGCUGCUUUUACCUGGCUGCUAAUAUUAGAUACUUAAGUACACUUCAAAUGGAAAAUUAAGUUCAAAUUUAAAAAGACAGAGCAGCUAAAAUACUAGGUUGUGUGUAUGUUUUAUGCAGUUUUUGUAUCUCUUCUGAAUUUUAGUGAGCAGUUAACCAUAAAUUGCUUAGUUUUUUUGCUGUUAGAUGCAAGUAGAUUGUUUCAAGUUGUGUGUGUACAGUAUGUAAGAACUAAACUUUUAUGCCAAUGACUCUUGUGGUUAGUUGGUGUAUUGAUAGAUAUCAAAUUUAGCCAUCUCUUCUUGAGUAACUAAAGGCUUGCUUUUACACUUCAAAAUUUAUGUAGUUAAACAAGUCUGAAUUUAUACCCUUUAGUCCAAGACUGUUCAGUGUUUUGGUUACAAUAUUUUGUUUCAAAUUACUUAAGAGCAAAUGUUCCAGGUUGGACAUGAACAAGAGCUGCAUCUCUGGCUAUUUUGUUUAUCACAGUAUCUUUGGUAAAUUGAGUGUGGAAAAAAUAAUUACAAAACUAAUAUGUAAUUUCACAAAUAUUUCUCUGGAAGGCAAGAUAUUUUGUUAUGAAAAUGGCUUCUGGCAAUGUUUUUUAUAUUCAAAUUUGAGAGCCAGCAUCAAACACCUAGUGUUCCUUGCUGUCUGUAUAGUAGCACAUAACGAUGUUGGUGAAAAGUAGUAUCCUUUUUAGAGAAAAACGUAUAGGUUUUGGGUUUUAGUAACUUCAGCAGGGCCUUUGAGGAAACACAGAUGGCUUUUAAAUAUUGGCUGUGGAACGUGCUUAGGGGGUUGAUUCUAGAACCUUUGUAUAUUUAAUAGUAUUUCUAACUUUUUCUUUACUGUUUGCAGUUAACGUUCAUGUUCUGCUAUGCAAUCAUUUAUAUGCACGUUCCUUUAAUUUUGUAGACUUUCCUGGAUGUAUAGUUUAAAAACAACAAAGUCUAUUUAAAACUGUAGCAGUAGCGUGCAGCUCUAGCAGAGGAAAGUUGUGGGAUUAAACUUUGUAUUUCCUUUCUUAUAGAGGCUUCUAAAAAGGUAUUUUUAUAUGUUCUUUUUAACAAAUAUUGUGUACUACCUUUAAAACAUCAAUGUUUUGAUCAAAGUAACUAAAGACCCAGCUUAUUUUCUGCUUGCUGUAAAUUUAGCAAACAUGCUGUAAUAAAAAGAAAUGAAGGAAA